UAUUUUAUACAAGGUUGUCAACUUUUUUGGGUGUGAAAUGGCUCAGCUGAAAGAAUUAAAAGCCAGUCGGGGCUAUGUUAAAGGGGCGAUUAGUCGAAUCGAGACAUUCUGCACCUCAGAAGAGUUUUCAACAGCAACACUUGAAGUGCUCAGUCAAAAAAAGGACAGGUUGCUUAAGGCCUUUAACGACUACGAAUCAUAUAAUCGAGCUAUCCUUGCCGUUGAGUCGGAGGAUACUGAAUCUUACGAAUUAUAUGAAACUAAGUGCGAUUUAUGCCUCGCGAUGAUAAAUACGCGAGUGCAGCCUGCAACACUACCUGCGGCACAGCCUGCUACAUCUACAUCUUCCGAGCUAGGAUCAGGUAAGUUUAAAAAACUUCCUUUCAUUAAUAUUAAAACUUUUGAUGGCCAGAGUGUGAUGGACUAUCAUCCAUUCAUUAAUAUGUUUAAGGCAGUCAUUGAUAUGGAUGCAAACCUGAGUUUCUGCGAAAAACUGUACUAUUUGCGGUCGUUUUUGGCAGGAGGAGCUUUAGAUUUGAUAAAGCAUUUAAUGCUUACUGGUGAAAACUAUGAGGUAGCUUUAAAACUCCUUAAUGAUAGGUACAAUAAUAUACCUAAAAUUGUAAGUUUUCAUGUAAAUAGCAUUCUUGACAUGCCAGUUUUGACAAAAUGUACAGCUUCUGGGCUGCGUUCAAUAGUGUCAACUGUAAAUAUGCAUCUUGCAGCAUUGAAAAACUUGAAUGAAAAGGUUGAGUUCUGGGAUACUAUAUUGGUCAAUAUUUUGUCUAGGAAGAUUGAUUCCUACACUUACCGUGGAUUUUAUCUUGAGCGUGGUUUGCAGGAGGUUCCUAAAUUGUGUGAAUUGCUUACUUUCCUAGAAAAAAGGGCUAUUGCAUUGGAAGCCACAAUGAGGGAGGAGCCUAAGAAGAGGGAGAAUUCGGUUGUGAGUGCUGCAGCUGCUACUGGAGUUUCAUGUAAGUAUUGCCAAGAUACUCAUAAAAUAUAUGAAUGUGCUAAGUUUAAGUUGCUCCCUUAUGAGCAGAGAUGUGAGUUUGUUGAUGAAAACAACUUGUGUAAAUUGUGUCUCAAUGGUCAUCGAGGUAGGUGUUUAAUGAGAUUAAAAUGUGCAACAUGUCAUGAAUUACACAACACUCUGUUGCAUUCGCCAAAUAAAGGUAAGGUAACGAAUGUUUCCUUAGCUGAUGAACCCUCUCUGAAUGUAAAGGAUAAUUCCAAAUCUGAUGAUUGUUGCUUGCCUACCGACUUAUCCAGAAAUGUGAGUUUGUCGGCUAGACCUCGGAAUGCAAGUGUAUUGCUUCCGUCUGUAAUUGUGAAGUUGAAGAAAAAAGAUGGUACUUUUACUCAUGCUAGAGCACUUCUAGACUCUUGCUCACAGAUACAUUUUGUAAGUGAGAAACUGAUUAAGGAAGUAGGUAUUUGCACAUAUGAUACUGAUGAGGUAGUGACUGGUGUAUGUGAAAGAGACAAUAAUAUUGCACAAAAGGCUGAUUUAGUUGUUUACUCUACUGUGGGUAAUUUUAAGGUUGAUGUGUCAUGCUGUGUGACAAGGAAGAUUACUUGUGCCCUUCCACAGCAAACAUUUGACAUUUCUCAGUUUAAUAUACCAUCCUAUGCCCAGUUGGCUGAUGAGAAGUUCAAUGAAUCAAAUGAGAGUUCACUAUUAUUAGGAGCCGACGUCUUUUUCCAGGUGUUCGAGUAUGUGUGCCGGCAGCUGACACCUGUGGGUCCAUAUUUGGUGAAGACGAGGUUCGGUCAUAUUGUAGGCGGGGGGCUGCCCUUCCCUGCCGGCAAGAAGUCGAUAAGUAACUAUUGUGUUACAACUAAAGGUAAUCCUUUCCAUUUUAAUGUAGCUGAGGAUGAUUUACAACCACCCUUCCCAUGUGCUAAACAAAGUGAGGUUUGUUUACUGUCAAAUGAUUGUCAACCUUCGGAAGAUAUUGUUGAUAUAAUGUCCAAGUUUUGGGAUUGUGAAAAGGUACCUGAUAUCAUUAAGGAAACAGGUACAGAGGCUGAGCAGGCUGAACAGAUUUUUCUGGAGUCGGUUAAAUUAGAAAAUGACAAGUUCACUGUGGCCAUGCCUGUGAAGGUUGAGUUGGAUAAGUUAGACUUAGGUGAUUCUUUUAGUUGCGCCUUGCAACGAUUUUUUAAUUUAGAAAAACGGUUUUUACGGGAUCUAGAAUUGAGUAAAAAAUAUAAAAAAUUCAUACAUGAUUACAUAGACCAAGGUCAUGCUAAAUAUUUUGACAUGUCUACUUAUGACUUAAGUGCAGGUAAUGUCAUGUUUCUGCCCCACCACCCUGUAAUUAGCUCCAGUAAAACGACACCUGUUAGGGCUGUUUUUGAUGCUGGCGCUGUCACAAAAAAGGGUAUAUGCUUAAAUGACAUUUUAUUAAAUGGUCCGGUGGUUCAAAAGGAUCUCUUUGAAAUUCUGAUUUUGUUCAGAACUUUCAAGUAUGUAUUAUUGUGCGACAUAAAGGCUAUGUAUCGCCAAAUUCUAAUUGAGGAUAAGUAUCGUUGCUUGCAAAAUAUUUUGUGGCGCGAUUCUCCGGACGACUCAGUCAAAUGUGUACAGUUGCAGACAGUGACGUAUGGUUUGAAGAACUCUGCGUUCUUGGCAUGUAGGUGUUUGUUGGAAUUAGCUCAGAGAUACGAGAGUCAAUAUCCUUUGGCUUCGUUUGUGUUAAAGCACACGUGUUAUGUUGAUGAUAUUCAGUGCGGUUCUAAUGAUUUGAAUGAGCUUAUCCAGAUGAAAAAGGAGUUGGUUGAUUUAAUGAAGUUGGCUAGUUUGUCUCUUCACAAAUGGUGCUCUAAUAACCAAGAAAUUUUAAGCGACAUACCGGUUGAAUUUCAUCAACUCGAUAGUAGGAGCUUUGAUAAAAAUAAUGAAUAUGUUAAAACUCUUGGAUUGACAUAUGACGUCAUUACCGAUACUCUUAACAUGCAGUGUCCUGUUAAAGAGGUUCAAGAAAAGUACACGAAGCGUCAGAUGCUUAGCUUCAUAAGUAAAUUUUUUGAUCCUUUAGGAUUAUGUGGCCCUGUGUUAGUGCAGGCAAAGAUACUGAUGCAACAGGUUUGGUUUGAAUCGUUGAAAUGGGAUGAGUUUUUACCUCAAGGUCUUAACCAAAAGUGGGUUGACUUUGCCAAUAGCUUAGUUCAAAUGUCUUGCAUAUCGAUAGCUAGAAAUAUCAAUGUUCAAGGAGCACAAUCGUUAGAAUUAGUGGGAUUUUCUGAUGCUUCUAAUGCUGCUCAUGGUUGUUGUUUGUACUUACGUGUCAUUGAUGCUGACAACAAGGUUUCGGUGAAUCUUUUGUGCUCAAAAUCGCGCAUCAAUCCCAAGGCUAAAUCCUUGACUAUCCCAAAAUUGGAACUGAAUGGUGCCCUGCUACUUGCUAUUCUAGCUCGGAAGGUGUAUACUGCUCUGUCCUUAAAAUACUCAGUGAGCGCUCAUCUUUACAGUGACUCCAUGAUUUUGCUAGCUUGGUUAAAAACAUUACCGGUAAAGCUUAACAUGUACGUAGGUAACAGAGUUGAUAAGAUUAAUAAGUUAUCCUCCGGCUUUGAAUGGCAUUAUGACAACUGAUACUUUUUUAGGGUGUCUUAAAAGAUUUAUAGCUCGUAGAAAUAAACCUACUAAAAUAUAUUGUGAUAAUGCGGCCUAUUAUAAAGGCGCAGAAAAUGUUCUUAAGGAAUUGUAUGACCUUCAAAAUUCUACUAAUCAUCAAGCAUCUGUGGUUGACUUUUCUAGUUCUGAAAGAAUAGCCUUUCAUUUCAUUCCUUCUUAUUCCCCAGUUUUUGGUGGUCUGUGGGAAGCAGGUAUUAAAAGUGUUAAAUAUCACAUGAAACGUGUAAUUGCUAAUACAGUGUUUACCUAUGAGCAAAUGUACUCGACUUUGGUUCAGUUUGAAGCCAUUUUGAAUUCUAGGCCGUUGACCCCAAUGUCUAGGGAUCCUAGCGAUAUGACCUAUUUAACUCCUGGACAUUUUCUCACCGGUAGUCCACUGACAUCUUAUCCAGAAACGGAUAUUACAGAUGUAAAUGUAGGUAGGUUAAGUUUUUGGAAACAAUGUGUUCAAUUGCAACAACAUUUUUGGAAGCAAUGGCAUAAGCAAUACUUGGUUAUGCUGCAGAGUAGACCAAAGUGGAGAAAUGAGUCUCCUAACUUAGAAAUAGGCAAUUUAGUUUUGUUGAGGGAAGAUAAUACCUCUCCAUUGUGUUGGCCAGUAGGUCGAAUUGUUGAUGUUCAACCUGGUAAAGAUGGUAAGGUUCGAGCCUUGCAUGUAAAAAACGCAAAGGGUUUCAUUGUUAAAACGAGUGUUACCAAGGUGUGUCCCUUACCAAUUGAUUAUAGUUAGGUAAACUGCUUUGUUUAUUUGUUAAAUUUAAUGAUAAUGCAGGAGUUAGUUAGCAUUAAAUUUUUGUUGUUUUUUAACAUUGUAAUUGUUGUUUUUUGGCUUGGCCCCCAACAUGUUCAUAACCGAACA